AUGAGUGACAGCACGAUCCACAAGCCCGGAACGGACGACGGCUGGCAUGGAGUCAUCGCGCCGGACAGCCAGUUCCCGCCGGAGAAGGGACGAUACCAUCUCUACAUCGGUCUUUUCUGCCCAUUCGCCCACCGUGCCAACCUGGUCCGCCACCUGAAAGGCCUCACAGACAUCAUCGAGCUCUCCAUCGUGAAGCCGUACCCAAAGGGCGACGAGAAGGGCUGGCCCGGCUGGAGAUUCCCCAAGACGGACGACGAGUAUCCGAACGCGACCGUUGACAAGCUCUUCGGGAGCGAAUACCUGCACGAAGUGUACUUCCGAGCAGACAAGGACUACAAGGGGCGGUACAGCGUGCCGCUGCUCUGGGACACCAAGACGCAGACCGCAGUCAACAACGAGAGCGCCGAGCUGCUCCGGUGGCUCCCCACAGCCUUCAACGAUCUGAUCUCGCCCGAGCUCGCCAAGAUCGACCUCUACCCCUCGCACCUUCGCUCUCAGAUCGACACCAUCACCGAGUGGAUGCAGCGAGACCUGAACACGGGCGUGUACAAGGCCGGGUUCGCGACGGACCAGGAGACGUACGAGAAGAACCUGCCAGCCGUCUUCGCCGCGCUGAACAAGCUCGAGGAGAUCGUGCACAAGAAUGGCGGACCGUACAUCUUGGGCAAGGAGCUGACGGAGCUGGAUCUGCGAGCGUAUGCGACCGUCGUCCGUUUCGAUACGGUCUACGUGCAGCACUUCAAGUGCAACCUGGGAACUAUCCGCCACGACUAUCCGGUUCUGAACAAUUGGUUGAAGAACCUGUAUUGGAAUGUCAAGGGUUUCAAGGAAUCGACCGACUUCAAGCACAUCAAGGAGAAUUAUACCAAGAGCCACUACGGCAUCAACCCCAAGGCCAUUACUCCUUUGGGACCCUAUCCGGAUGUCGAGGAAGGUGUGCAGGACUUUAGCACACUGAAGCCAGGAAGCACCUACUGCUGCAUGAGUUACUUCUUCAAUUAUCUUGAUCGCGCUGCAUUUGCGAAUGCCUACGUUGCUGGUCUGAAGGAAGACAUUGGUCUUCAUGGGGCACAGUACAACGUCUUGCUCUCUCUGAUGACUGCUGGAAUCGUCAUUGCUCAGAUACCCCAUGGAAUAAUUAUCCAGAAGAUCCCGCCACGGAGAUGGCUUCCGUCAAUGGUCCUGCUCUGGGCAGGCUUGACAAUGUGCACCGCUGCUUGCAAGACGUACGAGCAAAUGUGCGUUGUUCGGUUCUUCCAGGGAAUGGCUGAGGCGAGCACGUACUGCGGAUCCAUUAAACCUCAGGAAAUCGCGAAGAGGACUGCCAUUUUCACCGCUGUAGGCCAGGCCGGAAGCAUGUUUGCCGGUGUGAUGAUGACGGCGGUUCAUAAGGGCAUGAACGGUUAUGCGGGCCUGCCCGGAUGGAAAUGGGUCUUCUUGAUCGACGGAAUCAUCACUCUCCCCGUCGCCAUCGCAGGCUUCAUCUUCUUCCCUGACAUCCCGGAGAACACCAACGCCCACCUCUUCGGCCUCAAAGAACAGGAAAUCCAGCUGGCCAUCUCGCGCCUCCCGCCCAAGAAGAAAGACGCCCACAACAUCUCGCCCCUCUCCCUCGCCAAACGCAUUCUGGGCCAACCACACUU